GGGGAAAGGCCGGAGACCUGCUGGCCAUGACAACCGGAAGCAUCCCACUGAAACGUGGUAUCGUACGCCAUAUGUCGAGUGCGAAGUCGACGUACGAGCACUGCUGAGUGUUGUCUACUUCUUGGCUGUUGUGCGCCGCAUAAGCCGCUCGCUUCGGCCUCCACUUCCGCUCCCUGCCGUCUGCAUACCCGGAGAUGAGUACUCACUGGGCAGAUCAGCUCUCUGAGCACGAUAGCACUUUCAACGAGGUCGUCCUGAGCUGUAUUGCAAUUUUACAUGGGAUCUGUACAGCCGUCCUCACAUCGCCGUUGACCAUUUGUUACAAGAGCAAUGUGGAAGAACUCAGCCAGACAGUACAAAUCCCACAGGCACAGCCCUCUGUGCGAUACGAUCUGAAUAUCGCUCGUACAUGAACGGCGUAAGCACGUAUGGUAGCAGCACAGCCGGGGCACAUAAAGCAAGACCGUACUUCAGCGAUUUGGUGAUCCUGGUUGCGCUCGUCUCAACGAAGGUACUCCCCACGAAGACAGCACUCGUGGCCGGUAGCCCGCUUUCCCUGGUUAAAACACCUCAAAGUUUUGCAAGGACAAAUCCCUAUCAGCACCCUUGCCAGCCCUGGACGGAUCUGGACAUAGGAUGACGGAUCUGGACAUAUGAUGACGCGCUCUAGAUAUGAGUUUUCACGUAACUCGAGAUGAGUCCUCGAAGUGUUUCACCGUCCCUUGCCCUGCUGACGUUGUGAGCCAGCGACAGGCUACGCAAGGUCGAAGAUAUUUAAGCUACGCAGGUUCGAACUGGAUGGCUGAUGACGGAGAGUGUGCCGUGACGAAAAGCUAAGGUUCGGGUGAGCCGACAGGCAGUCUGCACGCGAAGCGAGACAUGCCCGUCCCGCUGAGAGUGGACUUCGCCGGAAGUGUGAGUAGACGGCGACUGGAAGCGGGGGCAAGCUUUUUCGAACGGAGUUGGGGACGGCGAUUACGCACGCGGUUCGUCUUAGGCAACCCUUCCAAUUCUGGAAGGCUGCCGGCGCCGUCCGGUGAUCUGACAGCGCACAAGCUCCGAGACGUGUUGUGCGGGCGUCCGGGGCCAUCGACGGCGUCCCCGCCGAGUUCGUCGCCGACAACGUGGUUGGUGGGCGUCGCCGGCGGGAAUGUCCCAAUCAGGGCUCGCCGAAGGUCGGGACUGCCGCGUUGGGCAGUUCGGAGCUUGGAUGGGGAAAAAAGGGGGACUGGCACCGCCAGGCUCGCCGCGCGGUUACCAAUGUCACAAAGUCUCGCGUCUCUUUCCCCUUCUUGCCCUCUCCUACCAACUGCACCUGCCCCCUCUCUGUCCGCCCAUCCGCUUGCCCAUCCUCUGUCUACUGCCAACUAAUACUCACACACGACGAACAUUCUUAUCGCUGGACGACGACCUCGAACACGACACUACCCCUUCUUAAUGAUCUGCGCCGCAUGCUCUCUGUCGUCGCCACUCCAGCCCUCCCCGAAUCUGGCUCAAACCAUCAGGCUCCCUCCCAGCAUCAGUAUGGGACUAGAAUACGAUCCAACUCUGUAAUAAAACCUUCCCCACGUCUCCGCCAGUCACCAGAUCCUCUUCCACGACGUAUCAAGCCCGCUCCCGUCGCGAAGGCCAAGGCUUCGGUGAUGUCGAAAGAGCCCACACCCGUACAGAUGCCUAUGUUCCCGCCUGCCAACGUCAUGCUGCACUCAGACGAUGCAACCAGCAAGGUGUUUUUGGCUAUCGGUCGUUCCUUCGUCUCAGUCGAUAAUAAAGCAAUGACUAUCAAGGACCUUGCAGAGAUGACCAUGAAGUUUGGUCUCGUGUGCCAAAAUGUGUCUGCUGCUGGCCAGGCCAUCACGACGUACAUUCGCAAUCACCUCCAGCGGUGUGAAAUCCAGAAGGACCACCCGCUGCUCUUGCGCCACGUUCUUUCUGGGACCCCUUCUGACGACGACCUUGUAUCCGCUCUGUAUUCCCGCUCUGGCGGCGCUCAUUGUUCUCUAUCUCCUGGCGAGAAACGCGUCACCAACUUCCGUCGUGGUACCGUUGUAUGGUACUUGAGCAGAGCGACUGGCAUACCUUGCCCCUUCUCACGUGCGGGUAUUCGCCUAUGCGACUACACUGAGAAUGGUAAGGUCGGCAUCACUGUCAAUCCUGGAAAGGAGAGGAAGCGCGAGCGAGAUCGUAUGCGACGGGCAGAACAGUCUGGACAAAAGCGCAAGCGCCUUCCAAGAGCCUGCGCCGCGAGACCAGGCUCAGAUUCAGAAUCCUCUGAAGAGGAAGAACAACCUCCGCCGAAAGUCAAGCUUAUGUUGCGACUCAAACCAUCCCUUGCGUAUAGCUCGAGCGCUUCUCCUUCCCUGGCGCAGUCGUCGUCGCCUUCCGAUAUCGUGGACUUGUCGACGGAGCCUGACUUGGACGACGAAAUUACAUCUGAUUCCUCUUUGGAUGAUGAAGAGCCUACGCAAGCGGUUUCGUUGCCGUACCCUGUCUAUCCCCGGCCACCGCCAGGCACCUGUGCUUCUAUCGGUGAUGCCUCACCUUCAUUCCCACCAGUCCCUUUCUGCGCGGCAUCUCCGUAUAGCGACCGGUCGUGGCGUUCGCCUUCCAUUCCGUGUAGUGCAACCUCGGCGUCACCCCCGCCUGACUCGGAAAUGGAGGAAGAGGAAGAGGAGGACGAGGACGAGGACGAGGAGGAGGCUGAAGAAGCGGAGCUAGAACAGGAAAAUGAUGACGAAGACGUUGACAUGACCGCAAUGGAGAGUUCUUCAUUCACACACGACCCUGCCGGAUACGACUCGCCAGCUUGGGAAGAUGAGGACGACCUCGACCUGGAUGACGACUACGACACUCAGUGGGGUGAAAGUCCUGGACCGACAUCUCCGCCUGCACAUUUCGAAGAUGAUAUCCAAGUCAAACAGGAGCCGCAAGACGUUGGUAGCAUUCUCGCUGCGUGGGAACAUGAGGAGAAUCUUGCUACUCAGGCGCAUGUAUUAGAUAUCGUCGCGAAGGCUUGUGCCAGCCAAUAUGUCCCUCCCGAGGUCAAGACCGAAGAGGAUGAAUCGUGGCUCUGGCACAACUUCCGCAGUCCUUGCGAUGAGUUUGUCUAUACCGUGGAUGGGGAUACCAUGCGCAUCAAACAGGAGGAGGAGGAGAUCAUGUUACCGCCGAUGGAAUACGACCCAACAUCCCCCAUCUUAUCCCCAGCAACGGCCUACUCUUCCCUACCUGCGUCUUCUACCCCGUAUGAUUCUCCGGUGGUCGAGAGCUGUACGCCAUCACGAUACUUCACUGAGCCACCAUGGCAGGAUGUCGAGUUGCUCGGGCCUGAUAGCGUCAAGCUUAAAGAUUUGGACGACGGAAUUUGGCAGAUCGAGAGCUCCAAGCAAGACCGAAAGUCACGUGCAGACGUUGUGAAGUCGGAUGCUCCUGCGCCUUGCCUGCGUCCGGCACAACCAGUAGAGCCUCAUAAGAUACACGAGAGAUUGGUUAUCAUCACGCGAUCUCAAACGCCCCCUACUGAUGCCUCAGAAUCCUCAUCCGAAAGGGAAAACUCCAGGGAUUCCGUCGCCUCUAUAAGCUCAAGCGCGUCCCAAGCGAAAGCUGGGGAUAGCUGCUCAGCGUCCACGUCUUCUCGGCCUGUGGUUGUGCGCACAUGUGAGCCAUGUAAUCCGUCUGUAUGUGCCACGGAGCUUGAAGGCAUACCUGUGUACGAGAUCACCCUCGGCUCAUCGGUGUUCCUCCGCAGAGUGGACACGGAUUUUGUCAACAUCAGUCCCAUGCUGUGCUUCUUCGACAUGUCCGCCCCAGACAUGUCGGCAACACAAUGGCCAGUCUUGGUUAACAGAGGCAGCCUUGCAGUAUGUGGGACGUGGGUCCCGCUCGCGUCUGCACAGACGCUAUUCCGCGAUCAAGACUCGCUCAGCGUGUUCCUUUCCGACGAUCUGCAUCAACGAUUCCCACCAGCGCUCCAGGAUUUCCACACGUCCAGCUCACAUGAACGCUCGCUCGUGCGCUUUGGCCCCAACUUUCAAUCUACGCAGGAGGCGAAAAAGCAGUUCCUUGGCUCUUUCCGCGUGGAGCUUCCCGCACGUCCCGUGUACAAUUUAGCGGGUGAGGAAGAGGAUCCUAUUCCAGAGUCGCCGUGGGACGCACACUGGCAUCUUCUGCAUCUGCAGGACACCCCCCUUCCAGCGCCAGAAGAAGCUCAGGAGGUGCCGGAGACCCCUUUGAGCCCUGCCGAAGAGGAGAUGUUCCAUGUGCUGUGCUCCAUACCCGACUGGGAAGACUCUGAGAGCCCAGCGUCUCCACCGCCGCCGCCUCCAGCUUCCUUACCUCUCCAACCAUUGCUUUCCCCCCCACAACCCAUCGAGACGCCUCGUACCGAAGCCGUCCCUUGUCGAGAACGUCCAUUGCGGCGAUCUAGACGGGUGAUCCCCGGCGUCGUCAAUCGGCCCCGCACACGUUCAGUGGCGAAGACUUCUAAAUCCAAGAACGCCUGAACCUCGAAACAAGGUGUUACAUUUUGCAUCACUCACGCACGUACUUUCGAUCUUCAUGACAAACUCACGACUCUUCGAUAGACCUAGUAUUAAGUAUGGUGUAUUUCUUGGUACUCCAACCCGCCGCUGGACUGGCCAUGCCCGUCGAGGCUCAGACAUCAUUCCUUUGACUUGCUCUACGAUGGACAACGCAUGCAAUUUGCAGUCUGGCGGAUUCCGACGCGCUGAUACCCCUGUUUCACGCGAUGGCAUCGCAUGCAAUGGCGAACGGUGCUGUCGUCCUCAUGUUGCAGUUGUAAAUCGUAGCAUAAAUCCGUAUGCUAUACAUAUGCGUAUGCCAAUAGUCAGCCUGCUUAGUAGGUAGCGUAGGAUAUCGUCUGAACAAUCGUGUACAGAAUAAACGACUAGUUCAU